AUGUUGGCUCUUCUCAGUAAUGACAUUAAGCAUACUCGUGUACCCAAGCCAACAUUCAAAACAGAAAAUGAUGAAAAUGAGAUUAGUCAAGCACGUGUCUUUUAUGCAUUAGCCAAGCUGUUUGUGAAGAUUGAGCAAAAACAGUACAGUUUAAUACCUAUUAUUACUGCUAUUCUCAGAAAGAAUCAAAAAUCUCUUGCAGCUAUUCUUACCAAUCCAGUUGCUAAAGAAUACUUACAAUCGGAAUUGGCAUGUAUAGAACAAGAUGCUGCGCAAGAAGAAUUUAUAUUGAGUCUUGAGUCUGAAGAAGGAUGGCUGGGUGUACGUCAAUCUCCUCCAUUCAGUGCUGUCUAUACGGAAGUUAAAAGUGAAGAGCAAAAUCAAAAAGAGAAAAUUCUUAAAAAGAGAGAACAAAAAGUGAAUGAUAUUCUUAAAUUUAUUGAACGAAAUGCCUCCAAUGACAUACCCAAACUAAAGAAGGCAUCUCAAGAAGCAUCCAAUGCCAAGACCCACGUUUGUUUCACUGAAUUACAGAGAAUGAACAAUUGGAGAGAUGCUCUCAGAAGAAAAUCCAAAAUUACACUUACAGAAUGGAGAAAACACGAAUCUGAAUUCUUCUCAGGUACCGGUGUUUGGAUUAAGGAUGAGAUAAAGAAGAUUUGUUAA